ACCCGGACGUACUGGAAUUCUGGAUGAGACGAGUUAGAUACUAGCCCCCAGCCCCUUCCCGCGCUCUAAUGAAGAAAGGCGCUUCGGUGGGCGGGGCGCGCCACCACCCAGCUGUCCGUGAGCAAAGCGGUCAAUAAAGUUUGCGAGGACUCCUUGUAGCGCGUGCGCAGGUCGAAGCUGCCGCGGCGUCGCGCAUGCGUGGAGGGUCAGUAGGACGAGCUGGCUGCGGAGAUAACGGCGGAGGGGCUCGUGGUGCUGGCCCUUAUCGGCGCUUGGAGUUUCUGUGAGGUUCCCGGUGAGGAGACGGGAGCGGCCGCUUUGAGGUCCAGGGCCUCGCGGCGACAAGGAGGAAAUUUCUUUCCUUGGUGCACUGAAGUUCAAAGACCAUCAUCAUGGAUUUUCAACAUCGGCCAGGGGGCAAGACUGGGAGUGGUGGUGUGGCUUCAUCCUCAGAGAGCAACCGAGAUCGAAGGGAACGGCUCCGACAGCUGGCUCUUGAAACGAUUGAUAUCAACAAGGACCCAUACUUUAUGAAGAACCAUUUGGGUUCUUAUGAAUGCAAACUCUGCUUAACACUUCACAACAAUGAGGGAAGUUACUUAGCGCAUACUCAAGGAAAAAAGCAUCAAACAAAUUUGGCUCGAAGAGCAGCCAAAGAGGCCAAAGAGGCUCCAGCCCAGCCAGCCCCAGAGAAAGUCAAAGUGGAAGUGAAGAAGUUUGUGAAGAUUGGUCGCCCAGGCUACAAAGUGACCAAGCAGCGGGACACGGAGCUGGGCCAGCAGAGCCUCCUCUUCCAGAUUGACUAUCCUGAGAUCGCUGAGAGUAUCAUGCCACGCCACCGGUUCAUGUCUGCAUACGAGCAGAGGAUUGAACCCCCUGACAGACGAUGGCAGUAUCUUCUGAUGGCAGCCGAGCCCUAUGAAACCAUUGCUUUCAAGGUGCCAAGUAGGGAGAUUGACAAGGCUGAGGGCAAGUUUUGGACCCACUGGAACAGAGAAACCAAGCAGUUUUUUCUCCAGUUCCAUUUUAAGAUGGAGAAGCCUCCUGCUCCUCCAGCCCUCCCUGCUGGGCCUCCUGGGGUGAAGCGGCCCCCCCCCCCACUGAUGAAUGGUUUGCCUCCUCGACCUCCUCUGCCAGAGUCUUUGCCACCACCGCCUCCAGGCGGCAUGCCUCUGCCACCCAUGCCUCCCAGUGGGCCUGCACCUCCUGGGCCUCCUCAGAUGCCCCCUCCUGCACCUGGAGUUCAUCCCCCUGCUCCUGGGGUUCACCCUGCAGCUCCUGGGGUUCACCCCCCUACUCCUGGGGUUCAUCCCCCAGCUCCUGGGGUACACCCCCCAGCUCCAGGAGUACACCCUCCCGCUCCUGGGGUACACCCUCCCGCUCCUGGAGUGCAUCCCCCAGCUCCUGGGGUUCAUCCUCAGGCUCCAGGGGUACACCCCCAAGCACCAGGGGUUCAUCCCCAAGCUCCUGGAGUUCAUCCUCAGGCUCCAGGAGUACACCCCCAGGCUCCAGGAGUACAUCCCCAAGCUCCAGGAGUACACCCCCAAGCACCUGGGGUUCAUCCUCAGGCUCCAGGGGUACACCCCCAAGCACCAGGGGUUCAUCCCCAAGCUCCUGGGGUUCACCCACAGGCCCCAGGAGUACACCCCCAAGCUCCUGGGGUUCAUCCUCAGGCUCCAGGGGUACACCCCCAAGCACCAGGAGUUCAUCCCCAAGCACCAGGGGUUCAUCCCCAAGCUCCUGGGGUUCACCCACAGGCCCCAGGAGUACACCCUCAAGCACCUGGGGUUCAUCCUCAGGCUCCAGGGGUACACCCCCAAGCACCAGGGGUUCAUCCCCAAGCUCCUGGGGUACAUCCCCAGGCUCCUGGGGUUCAUCCCCAGGCUCCUGGGGUUCAUCCUCAGGCUCCAGGGGUUCAUCCUCAGGCUCCUGGGGUUCACCCUCAAGCCCCAGGUGUACACCCCCAAAACCCAGGAGUACAUCCCCCAACUCCUAUGCCCCCAAUGUUGAGGCCCCCUCUUCCCUCGGAAGGACCUGGAAAUAUCCCUCCUCCUCCACCAACCAAUUGAAAAGCUUUUGCUCCUCCCCCUCCAUUGGGUUUUAUCUACAUUGCGUCAUUUCCCCAAAGACAAAUUUGGGUGUUUUUUGUACAGGGGUUUUGAACUCUGUCCUCAAAGUUAAUUAAAUAGGUUUCUACCUUGUUUACGGUGAAUGGA